AUGGUACUUUCAGAUUCUCAUCACAAAAACGGUUUCCGAAAAAUCACUACCUCCUUUUCUCGAUUAGAUUAUUCCCAGGAGAAUAAGGUGGACAUGAAUUGGAAGUACAAAGAAACGAAGCAGGCGUCACAAACCUCAGAUAAGCAACAGAAGAAAAACGUAAGGUGCAAAGGAAUGUGGUGUUCUCGUGGAGCACUUGAAAGUUUCCGUCACAACAUCGAGAAUUUCACCGAGUUGCGGCAUCCUUACUUCUAG